UGGAGUAUUGGGGAUGAGGUGCUGAGUGUGGCCUGUGAUGUCCCUUCCAAGCAGGAACUGAGAGGUUCGAGGAGCACUGCAGGUCCCCCUCAGAUAAGGAUGAGCCUUCAUCCUGUCAGUUCCCUCGUGAGGCCAGGAAUUUGGGGGGAAAAGGGGAAGCCAGGCUGGUUUUGAGUGGGAACUGAUCCUCCCCAUAGGGCAGGAGGAGGGCAGGCAGAGAAGGGAGCAGCCCCCAGCCCUCUCCAAGAGGACAGGUAACAUCCUGUACCUGGCAGCAAGCUGGAGACUACUCCCAAAACCCCCAGAGGUUACAGCAAGGACCCAUUGUGCUUGCAAGGAUCUAAGGAAUUAUAGAGAUCCACUGGAUUUUGGGCUGCUGGAGAACAUGGUGGGGAUUAUGCCCUGGCUGCUUUUUGGGGGGUUUCUCUUACAUGGGGAGCAAAGCUGGCUGCCUCUCUCGCAGCUUUUUGGCAACAGCAUGCUGGGCUGUGGUAAAUGAUUGCCUGGAACGCCGGCCGAGGCGGAGCCGGGGAUUGGUGCCUGGUUUGAACCCGGACAGGUGCCGGGACCCGUGUGCCGGCAGCCACCCCGCUCCCACAGCACCCGGCAGCCGCUGCGUUCUGCCAGCAAGGCAGUCUGUCCUGCAAUGCCCCAGGGCACCUGAGGCCCGGCAGCCGUGGGGAUGGAGCUGAAGGUCUGGGUGGAUGGGAUCCAGAGGGUCGUGUGUGGAGUCUCGGAGCAAACCACCUGCCAAGAAGUGGUCAUCGCCCUGGCACGGGCCAUUGGUCAGACGGGCCGCUACGUGCUGGUGCAGAAGCUGCGGGAGAAGGAGCGGCAGCUGCUGCCUCUGGACUGUCCCCUGGAGUCGCUGGCCAAGUGUGGGCAGUAUGCCAACGACGUGCAGUUCAUCCUGCGGCGGACGGGCCCCAGCAUGGCCGAGCGGCCCUCCUCAGAGGGCGCGCCCCAGGCUCCCGAGAGGACGUUCAUCCGCGCCAGCCUGCCCAUCAAGCCCAGGCUCACCAGCAUAGAUGGACCCCGUUCCAGGGAGCCAAAAAAAUCCAUGACCUUCAACCUGGGCCCUACAGGCUCCAGCGAACUGUUCACCGUGGGCCGGUGGAGGCACCAAACACGGGAUGGGCUAGACUUGGAGGGUGGUGGUGUCAUCCAGCCCUCCAAGGAGGAGCUUUUUAGGAGAGUGCUGCAGCAGCAGGAGCAGCUGCACUCCUUGGAGGCCCAUGGGGACACCCUGGAAAUGGACCUACGGCUGUGGGAGCGCAGCCGGCUUGCCGGCCAGGAGAAUGAGAUCCUCUAUCUGGAGCAACUGGUGCGGAGGAACGAGACAGAGCUGGGCGAGGAGGAGUUUUGGCAGAGUGAGCUCCGGCUGGAAAAGGAGUGCGAGCGGGAGCGGCAGGAGCGCGUUAGGAGCCUGCGGGCCAGCCUGGAGGAGUACACCCAGAGGAUCUAUGAGCUGAGUGUCCGGACUGAAGCCCUGCAGGAGGAGAUCCAAUGGGAGAUGGCUGAGAGGACCAAGAGGGGAAAGGAGAUCUCUAUGCCCAGCCCCAUAGAGCUGGAGGACAUGGCCACCAAAAUGAAAAGGGACCUGGAGGCCAAGGUCAAGCAAGGCACCCAGCUGGAGAGCAACCUGGCCAGUGUGGAGAAGGCCCUGGAGGAAGCUGAAAAGAACCUGCAGGCCCAGACCCAAGAGCUGGAGGAGCUAAAUAAGGAGCUGAGGCAGUGUAAUUUGCAGCAGUUUAUUCAGCAGACGGGGGCCACGGUGACCGUCCUGCAGGCCAGGUCCGAGGAGGACGCCCAGCCGGAGCCGAGCCCGUGUGAGCUGCCAGCCUACCGGAGAAACGGAGGUUUUUCUCCCACCGUUGGUACCGACUCGCCUCCCCAGGUCAGCACCAAGCAGCUCCUCGGCCAUCCCAGGACCCUGCCGGAGCCCCUGGUGUCCAGCCUGAACCCCGAGGGUGCGUAUGUCCCAGUGGGGCCCUGGGAGCAUGAGCUAGUCUGCAGAGGAUGGGUGGGAAGAGGGGAGAGGCUUCUGCUGCCCAAAAUGGGCUGCAGAGAGCAAGCGUGUGCUGGUGGUGGGAGGCCAGAGCUAUUUAUAGAUGCCAUUAGGAAGCACAAAUCUCACACUCCAGCAGUCUCUGCUCUGCUGCCAGGGGCUCACACGCUGGCAGCCCGGCUCUCUGCCCUGCCAGGAGCUGUAGAGGAUGAUUCUCAUCCCCUCUCCUGCCACUCUGCAUCCCCCAGGGUUAAGACCUUGCUCAGUUAGAAGGGGGAGAAAUUAUGUCCUGUUACAUGAACUACUUUUGCUCCAUCUUAGUGACCAGUUAAUCCAAAAAUCCUUUGUACUUCCUGUGACUCUUGUCACCUUGCUCCCGUUUUCUGGGUGCAGCAAAAGAGCUGUGGUAGGGACCCCUACCUGCUGUGGUGAUGCUGCCUCCACCCUGGCAUCCUCCUCCCACCCGUGCCACCUUUGCCUCAGCAAAACCCUGCUGCCAUCCUCCUCACAGCCCAGUACAUCCACCCCCAUCCUUCAGGACGCUGCGGCAAACACAUUCCCAUCUCCUGGUCCAGGCUUUGUGCUCACGUACAUCCUGUUUUCCACUCCCCUUUUUG